GGUGCACAGCUGACUUUCCGUACUUUGUUACAAAUUUAAUUACAAAGCAAGUUUUAUCAUUAUCAAUAUCACAUACAGUAUUUAUUUAUACCUUCAGUGGUCGUGUGAUGUUGAAAAUGUCUUCCCAGAUUGAUACAAUAGUAAAUGCAUACAAAACAUUGUCUAAAAUCCCUACCAUUACUGGAGGGAGAUUGAAUAAUGCAGCCAAUAAGAUCACGAGUGUGCAGUCCGUGCGAAACAUCGACAAAGGCAAGAACAGCAAAUAUCUGUACAACUAUGUGCUGGACGAUAAUCUGAAUGUUAUAUCUAGAACUGAUUAUGGAGUUGAUAUAAGUAAUGAGCUUCUAUCGGCUGUGUCACCAAAAGAGACUUUCAAAGCAGUGAUCCGCGAGGAAAAAGACAACAAGGACACUAAGAAGCAAUACUUAGAGAUUUGGAGGCUAAACGCGGGUCUGACUAACUGUAUUGAUCUCACCGCGUUGGAUAUACAUGGAGAUGUUUAUGCUGACUCCGAAUUUGGUGGCUUGGAUUGGUCCCAGGAUGAAACAGCGGUAGUUUACGUUGCUGAAAGGAAGUUGAAGAAAUCUGAGCCUUAUAUCAAGAGGAGUAAAGCAGAAGAUGCAUCUAAAUCUGGUGGAGGCGAUCCUGCACCGAAAAAGGGUGAAGAGUAUGUGUACAGACAAGACUGGGGCGAGCAGUUGGUCGGCAAGCACCUCUCCGUGGUCGUGGUGUGUAAGAUCGAGUCUGAAGCCUUCAGCGUACUGGAGGGGCUGCCUGAAAGCUAUUGUCCAGGACAGGUACGCUUCGCGCCUGAUGGCAAGAGCGUAGUGGGCGUGGCUUGGGAGACGGAGCCUCGGCGUCUCGGCCUCAUCUUCUGCACCAACCGACCCAGCUUCAUCUUCGACUUGACCUUGGAUGGCCAGCUCACUAAACUGUCAGCGGAGAAUAAGGCGGUGCGCUCCCCACGUGUCAGGCCAAACGGCGACUUGGUCUGGCUACAGCGCGCGGCCGACGGCCCGCACCACGCUUGCCACGCUUUGGUCAUCAAGAGGAAAGGCCAGAGCGAAGUAUCACCAAUAAUAGACAUAGUACAAACGGAAAUCGCCACGGCUCAUGGCAAGCCGUUCCACGGGUUGUACAAUCAGGGCCUUCCCAAGAACUGCUUCACCAAAGACGGUUCCAGGAUCGUGCUUAGCACGCCCAGCGUGUGUGACGUGAAAACCUAUACUGUUGAUAUUGAAAACGGCAAGAUAGCUGAGAUAUCCUGCCCCAACUCCCGCCAAGGUUCUCUCUCUGUGCUGGAUGUCAAGAAUGAUGUUAUCCUUGCUUCUUUCUCCGAUAUGCUGACACCGGCUCAGUUAUACGUGGGCAAAUUGCCAGCCGCUGGGAUGGAAGGGGAGAUAAAAUGGAAUGUCGUAAGCGAAGCGGUGAAGAUCCCAGAAUCCCUGGCCAGCUCCACCAUACACUACCUGAGCCAUAAGCACGAGAACACGGAUGAUGCUGUCAAGACAUUUACCUCGCUGUACCUCGCUCCGAAGUCCUCCGACAAACUGCCAUUGAUAGUGUGGCCCCACGGCGGACCGCACUCCGGCUACGUUAAUUCGUACUCGUUGGAGGCGGCCCUCUUCAACAUGUUGGGUUUUGCCUCACUCCGCAUAAACUACCGAGGUUCGACCGCUCACGGAGACGCGAGCGUCCGCUGCUUACUAUCCAACGCCGGUCGAAUCGACGUCGACGACUGCUUUCUUGCUCUCUCCGAAGUGCUAGAAAGGAACAUAGACAACGUUUCUCUGCUCGGAGGGAGCUAUGGGGGAUUCCUGGUGGCCCAUUUGGCUGGGCGGUGGCCGGAGAUGUUUAGGAGUGUGGUGAUGAGGAAUCCUUUGAUAGACAUGGCCACGAAGGGGCAUUAUGCUGAUAAUUCUGAUGGGUGUGCAGUAGAAGCCGGCUUUCCCUUCACAGAGAAAGGGCAGCCCUCGGAAGACGAACUGCUAACCAUGAGGCGCUGUUCGCCGCUGGUCCACGUACAUAAAGUGAAGGCCCCCACGGCUUUCAUGUUGGGGAAGGGGGACAAGAGGGUCCCGCAUUAUCAGGGGCUCGAGAUGGCUAGGAGGCUGAAGGCUAAUGGGGUUGAGACCAGAGUGUACAUGUACGAUGAUAACCACUCGCUAUCGUCGCUGCCGCACGAGAUGGACCAACUGAUCAACAGCGCCAGCUGGCUACUGGAGCAUUUACCCUAGACUGAACUUUGGAACCAAAGGCCUGUGGACACCGGCUUGCGUGUGUGUGACGUGCGCUAAAAGGUUGGAGCCGCACACGCACACGUCACGCAAGCGGUGUGCCGUCUCUUAUAAGGAUCUAUACCUAUACUACAACGCCGCACGCGCAUGUGCACGUCACGCACACACUGGCGGUGUGCACAGGCCUUUAAGGGCACGGAAAAGCAGCUAUGUAAAUCAGUCCUAUGGAAAUAACUAAAAAUGUAGACAAUCUUAUAUUUAAUUCAACAUUACAAUGCGUACAUUACAUCUAAACAAUUAAAUUUAAACCCAGAUGAUAAUAAUUAAAAUUUAUCGUUGGAUACUUUUUAUUCCGAAAAUCAACUGUUGGUAUAAUGGACGGAAGUUUGGAAUAUAUUUAAGAAGAUGCGCGCGGACAAAAGCUUGUUUUAAGGGAUUUGUUUACAGUUUUAGUAGUUUCUAAUAGAAAAUUUGGUCGCUCGAGUCAGAAUUUUUGCCAUAACGUGUAAUACGAAUUUUAUAACGAUAUAUUUUUUGUAGAGUAAGUAAAAAGUUCGCAUUUGAUAUUUUUAAAUAUAUUUUUUAUUAUAUAAAAUUAUAUUUGUUUUU